AUGGGUGGUGGAUAUAAAAAAAGUUUAAGAAGAAAUAAUAAUAAUAAUAGAAAUAACUACAAUGACAAUAAUAAUAGCGAUAAUGGCGGUGGUCAAGAUUUCUACGUUGAUAAAGUAGGGUCAAAUAAUAGAAAUAAUACUAAUAAUAAUGGUCCCAGAUAUUUAAAUAGAAAUAGAAAUAAUGGCGAUGGUGGCAAUAAUAAUAGAAAUAGCUAUAAUAAUAAUAAUAACAAUAGUGGUAGAAAUAAUUAUAAUAAUAGUAAUGGUAAUGGAAAUAAUAGAAAUAGUUAUAAUAAUAGAAAUAAUAGUUAUAAUAAUAAUAGUAAUAAUAAUAGUAAUAAUAAUAAUAAUAAUAAGGACAUUGACAAAUUAGAGGAAGAAUUUUUCGCAGAAAACUCAAACAAGUCACAAUUAGAUUUAGAUACUAGAUCAUAUUUCACUAGAAUUGAAGGUUUAAUUUGUAAACAAAACAGUGAAGAGCAAAUUACAAGAGAAGAAAUUGAUAUAAUUAUUGAAAAUGCACAUAAAGAAAUAGAAAAUAAAGAAGUUUCAAUUGCAUGUGAUAAAAAGACAAGUUUAGUUUUAGAAACCAUGUUUCAAAAAUGUAAAGAUCCAAGCACUAUUGUAAAAUAUGUCGAGUCAUUUAGAAAAGAUUUUGAAAAGUUAAUUGCUGAUUCAAAUGGUUCAAGAGUUAUUGAGGCAUUGUUACGUUGCACACCAAAGAUUAUAAAUAGAGGUGAUAAAGCUACAAUCAAGUUAUACAAUGAAGCAUUAUUCGAAUUCAUCGAUACACUUUUAAAAGAUACAGUUAAAACCGUUACAGAUAGAUAUGCAACCUACGUAUUUUCAUCAAUUGUUUUAAUUUUAUCAGGCACUAUUAAAGAGAAGAAAGUAUCAGCUCAACAACAAGAGCAAGCAAGCACAUUCAAUGGAAAGAAGAAACCAUAUAAAGAAAGAAUUUUAGAAGAACAACAACAAAAAGAAGAUGAGGAGUCAAUCGAGUAUCCAGUAUCAAAAGAGUAUACCGAUAAAUUAAAAGAAAUUUUAGAAAAAGUUAAAGACCCAAUUAAAUCCAACAUGGUCAAGUUUGCAUUCCAAAAAGAACCAAUCGAAUCAAUUAAAGCAGUUUUCCAAGUACUUUCACAAGCUCCAGUCGAAAUCUACAGAUCAUGGUUAGAAGCAUUCAUUAAAAUGUCUAAUGUCGAAUUCUCAAAGAAACAAUUCAUCAAGGUCAUGAAGAGCCAAUACGGUUCAGUUUUCUGCGAGAUGAUUGUCAAAACUUGCCCAGAAGAAAUCUUUUUAGAAUUAAUUGGUUUAGUUAAGCAUGAUAUAAUGGAUCUUUGUGAAGAUAUGUAUGCCAAUCACGUCAUUCAAAACUUUAUUGAUAAAUGCUCAAAACCAGCUCACUUUAUGAUAUUGGUUCAAGAAUUCAAAGACCACUUUAAAAAUCUCUUUAGCAUUGGUAGAGGCUUAGUUGUCCAAAAAUUAUUAGAAGGUUCAUUAAAAUUCAACACCUUUGAAAAAGAAAUCAUAAAGGUUUUAUACGAAGCUGUUUUAGCAGAUUACAAGAAUGGUCAAAAAGAUAUAGCUCAAACUUUAUUAGGUUUAGAAAAUAAUGUUUCAUCCACCCAAAUGUAUUCAGCAUGUGGUUCAGCAAUUCUUCAAUUAUUAUUCAAAUUCUCAAACGACUUUAACAAAACUGCCAUCGAAUCAUUCAUCUCGCUCGAACCAGAGUAUUUAAUUUCAUUAGCAACUAAUAACAUUGGCAGCAAAGUAUACGAUGUAUUUUUAGAUAGUCAAAAUGUACCAUUGGCCAAAAAGAAUCAAUUAAUUAUAAAGUUUAAUGGUAAUUUCGUUACAAUCGGUGAAGAUCGUUAUGGUAGUUAUACCAUCGAAAAGAUGUACAAAAUUGCAGAUUUCAAACAAAAAGAAGUUAUCGCUAAAGAGUUGAUGAAAGAAGAAGAAAGAUUAUUUGCUCGUCCAUGCGGUAGAUAUGUUUUAAUGAUUUGUCAAAUUAACAAAUAUAAAAAGAAAAAAGAUAAUUGGGCAACUGAACAAAAUUCAAAAGAUAAAAAGAGAAAAUUAUUUAAUGAUAUUAUUAAUGACAAUGGUAAUAGCAAUUAUAACAAUAACAGCAACAACAAAAAUAAAAAUAAAAAUCAAAGAGAAGAAGACGACUAUUCAGAAGAUAACUAUAAAGAAGAAAAAUCAAAAAAGAAACAUAAGAAAUCACACGAUGAAGAUGAAAUCGAUGAAAUCUUUAAUUCAAAAUCAAAAAAAUAA